UUUCAGUGGAGAACUGAAAUUAUAGACACAGCACAUUUUACAUAAAAACAGGAUAUUUGCAAACCGUUCUUUAAAAAUAAUUUACUCUGAUAUAAAGGAGAAGACAGAUGCAUAGACCUGGUGUCACAAAUAUUCAGAUGAGAAAAUAUAUCACCAUUAACAGAGAUCCCAAGAAAUGAAACUAAAAUUAAAGCAAUUGCCAAAGCAAUGUCCAGCAAUGUCCAAUAGCUGAAGAGAAGUGAUGUGGAAGCUGUAAAAAUUAACAGAAAAGGUGAAAGUACUGAAGGACAAGGUGGAAAGGGACAGAGAGGCACAGCUCAGGCUUGUCAUUACUGAAGCAAGGCAGUUAGAAUGGAGGAUGAUUCAACAGAUGUAAUGGAUUACAGUUACACUUCCGGCACAAUGCAACCAGAGCCAAUAUGUGAACAAGAAGAAACUAAAAGAUUUUUAACAUAUUAUAUAGCUCCUCUUUUCUAUGUACUGUUCUGUUUAAGUGUGAUUGGUAACUGUGUUAUUCUAAUUAUUCUUUUUAAGAAGGAAAAGUUUUAUUCAGUUACUAAUAUUUUUUUCUUGAAUUUGGUUGUCUCUGAUUUAAUAUUCUCUACUACAUUGCCUUUCAUAGCAAUUGAUCAUACUCAUGACUGGAUUUUUGGAGAGCUGUUAUGCAAAAUGCAUGUAGCUGCUUUUCAGAUUGGUUUUCAAAGUUUUGUUAUCUUCAUUACACUAAUAACAAUUGAUCAGUACUUUACCAUAGUUCACUCUUGGUCUACAACUUCAAGAUUAAGAGUCAAAUGUGCUGUUUAUGCAAGUUGCUUUGCUUGGUUACUUAGUAUGCUUUUUAGUAUCCCAGACAUUAAAAUCUAUAUAGUAGCAAACAAUGAAUAUGGGGCAGCAGUUUGCAAAGCUCAUAUUAGUGUGGAAGAACAAGCAUACUGGUGGUUUAUUUUAGGUCAUUAUAAACAUUUUUUUCUGUUUUACAUUUGUCCUCUAGCCAUUAUUAUGAUCUGCUAUCUUGGAAUAGCAGUAAAAUUGGCCAAAUGCCAUGUCAGAAAAAAGGCCAAAGUUAUAAAAGUUAUCUCUUUUAUUGCCAUACUUUUUUUCCUUUGUUGGACUCCAUACAACAUACUUAUGUUUCUUAUGUUUAAAAAGCAUAUUGAUUUGUUUGAACAUUGCAACAGCACUCUACAGUAUACAUUUAAUAUCUGUCAAGCUCUCGUUUACAUUCAUUGCUGCAUGAACCCAUUUAUGUAUGCUCUUUUGGGGACAAAGUUCAGACGACAUUUAAACUGUACUUUUAAAAGAUUUAAAUUAAAAAGUGUAUCACAACAGCAAGACCUGAGCUUAAAAACUAGCAUGGUUAAUGGACUUUAUUAAAACAAGCAUUUUUUUAAUCAUCAGUAGUCAGUACAUUAUAGUGAUCCUACUUCAGCAUGCUCUUUGAGGCCAUAUUUACUCUUCCCCAUUGCAAUAAUACACAUUGCUGAAUUUUGGUGCCAAUCAUUUUGAACACUCCCAACACACCUGCAUUAAAGCAUGCGGCGAUACACAGUAGUGAACUGACAUAUAUUGUAUCCCAAAAUAAGAGUCAGAUACAUUUUUCAGCCCACAAGGUAGUUAAUGAGCCCUAAAAAACUAAUAUGUGUGAAUUGCCCAUGCAGGAAAUUAACUUGUGCCUUACCCUGUGAAGAAAGAAAGCACUGUAUAAACUCCAAGUUGUGAUUUGCUUGCACAGCAAUGUGACCUCUCCCCUCUUUCAUGUGACAACACCCCUGCUGUCAUGUAGCAGAAAAGAGUGAUGCCGUACACACAACCGUUUUUCAUGAGGAGAAAGAUGGCAUUUUUUAAAUUGGUCAUUAAAAACGACCGUGUGUAG